GGCAUUUUUUGUCGUGUAAAUAGCAGGGUGGAUCAGAUUCACCUGUGAAUGUACAUUUUUAGAGUAGGUAGUUGGCCAAUGUUAUCCAUAUGAUUGGAUCUAUGUCAGUGAGAAGAGUGACUGAGUGGUGAAUACUAAUAUUAUUGGCCCUGGUUCUUCAGUCAGACGGCAGCGUUAGUGGCAUAUGCUGUACAACCAGUAUUGUUCAUAGAAAAAAUAGGCCUAGUGAUUGUUUCGAGAAGGUUGGGAGGAAGAGUUCAUCAGUAUGUCAAAUGAUACACCUUGGAAAAAACCAAUACCUACUCCAGGGAAGCUCAAAAUUCCUGGAAAACUGCAGAGUUUACAGGAGAAGCAGGAGAAAUUGAAACCGCCCAUACCAGUUAAAAGAAAAGAAGUUAAACCACAAUCUCCAUCUGCCCCAGCAAAGGAAGAGACAAAUAGUACCCCAGCUAAGCCCAGUGUUGAGGCAAAGAAAGAGACUAAACUAGUAUCUGCAUUGAAGCAGCCAAAGCCUGUAGAGCAGAAGGCCAAAACUGCAGAAGCUGUUGUGAAGAAGGAACCUUUGGUUGAAAAGAAGGACGCUGCCGUCAUAAAGAAAGAACCUUCAAUCUUAAAGAAAGAAUCGAAGGUUGAAAAGAAAGAACCUGCUCCUAUAAAAAAGGAACCUACUGUUGCAAAGAGGGAACCUUCAGCUGUAAAGAAAGAACCGAAGGUUGGGAAAAAAGAGACUGUUGUUGAAAAAGAAGAACCAACAGUUGAGAAAAAAGAGAUUGUUGCUGAAAAACAAGAGCCUCCUGUGGAGAAAAAAGAGACUGUUGUUGAAAAGAAAGAGCCUACAGUUGUAAAGGAAGAACCAAUUGUUGAAAAGAAAGAAGAACCUACGCCAGUAGAUUCUACGCCUUCAGAAAAAAGGAGACCUUUAAAACCCAUAAAACCCAAAGAAGAUAAAAAAGAUACCCGAGACCUAGGCAAGAUGUCAUCCCGUAAGACAAAAGGAAAGACCACCAAGAAGAGGGCCCAGCGUGCCACUUCCAAUGUCUUUGCUAUGUUUGAUCAGGCCCAGAUUCAAGAAUUUAAGGAGGCCUUCAAUAUGAUCGAUCAGAACAGAGAUGGUUUCAUUGACAAGGAGGAUUUGGGUGAUAUGCUGGCUUCAUUAGGUAAGAACCCCACUGAUGAUUACCUUGAAGCGAUGAUGAAUGAAGCACCAGGGCCAAUUAAUUUCACCAUGUUUCUCACCAUGUUUGGAGAGAAACUGAAUGGCACAGACCCAGAAGAUGUCAUCAAAAAUGCAUUUGGUUGUUUUGAUGAGGAAGGGACUGGUUACAUUCCAGAGGAGAGACUGAGAGAACUAUUGACAACUAUGGGGGACAGAUUUUCUGAGGAUGAUGUUGAUGAGAUGUUCAGAGAAGCUCCUAUCAAGAAUGGUAACUUCUAUUACAUAGAUUUCACAAAAAUCCUCAAGCAUGGCAAGAAGGAUGAAGAUGACCAGUAGACCACAUGCAAAUAGACUUUUACUAUUUUUCUAGCUGAGAAAUAUUGCCAUACUUAUAAAUACAUAUAAUGGCUACAUUGGCUGAAGUAUGAUUGCUAUGCUGUCAAUGAAACCAUUUAUGAGUUGCCAAUAUAUUAGCUUGCCCAAGUGGUGUAUAUUAUCCUCAUGGUGAUUUGUAGAAGACUUCCAUUAUUAUGAUAUAGUAUAACUAAAUUUAAACUAGUAAAAUGGGUUUUUUUAACUUUGUAAAUUUAUCAGCUUGAAACUUUGAACAACUUCUCAUUUCCACUUAGAUACUUAGAGUUUAUUACUGAAUGUAGAAAUCUGUUUUUUCUCUUAAUUUUUUGAAGAUUUAGCAUCACGUGUUGGUGUAUUCAAAUUGGCUUCAGUUGUUAGCUAUUUCGUUUACAUUAUCACAUCGUCUUCUGAACUACCUUACAGGUGGUGGAAUUGUUGGAUUGUAAAUAUGAAAUUUAACAGGAAAGAGAUUCAUAGAUGUUAACUUUAAUAUUUAUGUCCUUGUUGUUUAAAAAUGUUGCAGCUUCAUAACAUAUUUAGUGACUGCAUACAAGAUAAGAAAAGACAAAUUUGUUAGAAAGUGUAUGACUAAAAUGAAUCUGUAAUGGAAAGGCAAUACUCUUCUUUUAUAUAUAGCUUAAAAGGUCAGGUUUGUGGUGACAUUAUAGGUAGAGAUGGAUGUUGCUUACAGUGUGGACUGUAGAAUGUGUACCUCAAAGUAUGUGAUGUCAUUUAGAUAACAAGAAAAGAGAUGAUACCAUUUAUGGUUGUUAGCCUAACAUCAUCAAGGCAAUUGAAUAAUUUGAACAUGAAAGAACCAAAAUCACAUUUUUUUUUUCAUUUGUCAAAAUGUAACUACAUGCAACUCCAUUCAAUGACUAUGCAACAAAAGCAGUCUUGGGUCAGUGCUAUUUCAGUAUGAUAUAAUUUGUUAACCUGUCAACUUAAAACAGCUGAACAUUAAAGGUUUAAAAAAAUGUUUGACUUUACUUACUGCAUGGUUUUAGAUAUCUAUGAAAUUUUUAAUCUACAUACAUUGUGUUCACAACUAAAAUAUUGAGUAUCAGUAUACGUCCUUAGAGUGUACAAUUUUAAUGUAUGUUGUUGAUGGGAACCUGCUUCCUCCACCCCUCCCGCCCCCUUUAAUAUUCAGAGAAGUUCAGGGUGUAUCUUAAAGGCCUAAUAUCUGCAGUUGAAA